AUGGCCGACCAGCAGCGGACCCGGCUGGUCAGCCUGCUGCUCUGGACCCUGCCCGCCCUCUGCGCCUGCACCUCCAAUGUGGCCAACUGCUGGUCGGGCCGGCUCAUCCCGGACGACUACGACAAGACGAAGACGCCGUUCGUGCCCGGCACGCCGCUGCCGGUGCAGACGUCCAUCUGGGUGUCGUCCGUGACGUCCGUCAGCGAGCUGGCCGCCGACUUCACCGUGGACCUGUACUUCCGGCUCAAGUGGCACGACCGGCGCGUGGCGUAUCCCGACUGCGAGAAGCGGCCGUUCCUGCUGCUCGAGUCGACGGAGAUCGACCGGCUCUGGAUCCCGGACGUGUACUUCAUCGGCGAGAAGCGCGCCACGCAGCACAUGCUGAUGCGUCGCAACGCCGCCCUGCGACUCAACAAGAACGGCUCGAGCCUGUACCUGUCCGAGCGGCUCACGCUCACCGUCAUCUGCAACUACGACUUCCAGCUCUUCCCCAUGGACAGCCAGGCCUGCGAGCUGGGAAUAGAGCCGUACGUCUACCACAAGGAGUACUUGGACCUCAGCUUCGAGGAUCCCGGCGUGUAUUUUAACAACUUUAAGUUCCGGAUCCCGCAGUUCGACCUCCGUGAUGUGAAGGCCGGUAACUGCAGCUACACGUACAUGUACCAGGGCACCGCACUGCAACAGUCCUGCGUGCGCGCCGUCUUUUUCUUCGAACGCGUUUUCCGCUAUCACUUUCUGCAAAUCUACGUACCCUCCCUCAUGAUCGUCGGCAUCAGCUUCCUCAGCUUCUUUGUGCCGGUAACGGUGGUGCCGGGACGCAUCGCCCUUUCCAUCACCACCCUGCUGACGCUGUCCACCCAGAUGCAGGCCGUGCAAAAGUCACUGCCGCCCGUCUCCUACGUCAAGGCUAGCGACGUCUGGAUGUUCUUCUGCAUCUUCGCCGUCUUCUCCACGCUGAUCGAGUUCGCCAUAUCCUAUCGCCACUGCACAAAUGUUCAGAAGAAGGAGGUGACUAAAGUAUGGCCUAUAGGUGCCCGUUCCGAAGAUAAGCCUGCUGAGAGUUCCGUUCACCAAGCUCUGGCUCGAAUAGGCCUCACCCGCAAUCGACCCGACCUGGUGGAUGCCAUCUCUAAAAUAUUCUUUCCCACGGCCUUCGUCAUAUUCAACAUUGCGUACUGGUCGUACUACUCCGGUCUUCAGAGUGAGAAGCGGAAGCUGAUGGAGAAGUCGUACGAGGCGUAA